AUGGUUAUGUCUUCUAAAAUAGCUGAGCAUAUGCAAUGGCAUGCAUCAAGAAGUACACAUGAAGGCAUAUUAAGGCAUCCAAGUGAUUCUGAAGCAUGGAAGAACUUUGAUCUAAUGAAUCCUCAAUUUGCUUCAGACCCUCGAAAUGUCAGACUUGGUUUGGCUACUGAUGGGUUCAAUCCAUUUGGUGAUUUGAGUACAUGUCAUAGUACUUGGCCUAUUGUACUUAUACCUUACAAUCUUCCUCCUUGGAUGUGUAUGAAGCAAAGUUCAUUCAUUCUUUCCAUGAUCAUUCCUGGUAAAAGAGCACCAGGAAAUGAUAUUGAUGUAUAUUUAAGGCCAUUAAUAGAAGAAUUAAAAGAGCUAUGGAACACUGGGGUUGAAACUUUUGAUUCACAUAAGAAGAAGUGUUUCAUAUGCAUGCAGCUAUAUUAUGGACUAUUAGUGAUUUUCCUGGUCUUGGAACCUUAUCUGGGUGGAACACACAUACUGGGGCACAAAUUUAGAUUAUGCCGUAAUCGUUUUGAUGGAAGUGUGGAAACUAGAAAUCCUCCUUUGAGAAUAUCAGGAACAAAUGUCUUACAACAAGUUCAGAAUUUUAAUAUUGUAUUUGGGAAAGAACCAGAAGUUGAGGAAUGGGGGAAAAGACAACGGAAAGAUGGCUACUCAAGUAACAUCAGUAGAUGUGUUGAUGUCAAACAAUCUAAGCUUGGAGGAUUGAAAAGUCAUGAUUCUCAUGUUUUGAUGGAGCAACUUUUACCUUUGGCAAUGAGGAAGACGCUCCCUAAAGAAGUGUGCUCUGUUUUGAUUGAUCUGUGUUCCUUUUUUAAGCACUUGUGCAAUAAAGUUUUAAAAGUGGAUGAACUUAACCAAUUGCAAAAUAGAGUUGUUCUUACAUUAUGUCACAUGGAGAUGUUAUUUCCUCCUGCAUUUUUUACAGUCAUGGUUCAUUUGAUUGUUCAUUUGGUGGAAGAUGCCAAGAUUGGAGGACCUGUCCAAUAUAGGUGGAUGUAUCCCAUUGAGAGAUAUUUGGGAAAAUUGAAGUCUUAUGUGCGUAACAAGGCUCAACCAGAAGGAUCAAUAGCUGAAGGCUACCUAGCUGAAGAGUCCUUAACCUUUUGUUCUAGAUAUUUAGAUGGAAUUGAGACUAUAUUUAAUCGAAUAAGGCGUGUUGAUGACGAACCUGACACCAUGGCAUCUAGUGUAAGUGGUUUGUUUCCACCAGUUGGAAAACCAGUUGGGGGUUUUACUUACUUCUCUUUAUCAACAAAGGAAAAGUUACAAGCACAUCGUCAUAUAAAGAAUGACUUAAAUGGACCUUACUCAGAUGAUUUGAAGUUCUUAGCUAUGGGCCCAAUUGAUUGUGCAAAACGCUACAAUGCUUACAAUGUUAAUGGCUUCAAGUUUCGUACGUUAGAGAGAGAUCAUGGACUUAAAACACAAAAUAGUGGAAUAUUUGACAUAAUUGAGAUCAACUAUAAUGGUCGAUUCUCUGUUACUUUGUUCAAAUGUAUGUGGGCUGAUACAACUACUUCUAGAGGGAUUAUAACAGAUGACUUGGGAUUUAGAUUAGUAAACUUUACACGUUUAAUACACAUUGGUGAUAAUGAUGAUGACGAACCAUACAUUCAGGCUGCAGAAGCUCAAAUGGUUUAUUAUGUAGUGGAUGAAUUAGAUAAAAAUUGGAGCAUUCCUGUGCAUCUAAAGCCACGAGACUUAUAUGACAUUGGUGGAGAUAAUGAUGUCACUUUUCAUGAAUGUGAACCAUUUGAACAACAAAAUUUGGAAACUUUAUUUCUAGAUGGAGAAGGGAAUAUACCAUUAACAAGGUCAUAG